CCUCCCUCCUCCUCCUCCGCCGCCGCCACCCUCUUCGCGCUCUCCCGCUGGACUUGGCUUUAUUUGGCGCUGCCGGGAACUCCCCGGGCUGCAGCAAACCCCCCCCCCCACGCCCUCCCCCGUUUUGGGCUUCUUUUUUUGUGAGUGGUACCGCUUCAUACUGAGGAGGGGGAGGGAGGGAGGGGGGAAGCGCCUACGGAUUUUCGUUGUGUGGAAAGCGGAGAAAGACGCGCCGCGGCUCAUCAAAACAGAAUGGCAGAGGUGGUUUUGAUAGAAAGAUUGGAAAAAGCUGUAAUUAGGCUUGAAUUAUUGUUAUCAGAAUCACAUAGAACUUCUGGAACCAUCAAUGGAGUCAAUGAAGAGCUAGCACCAUAUGUUGAAGCUUUCGACAGACUCAUGAAUGAGAGUGUAGCUGAGUUUAUAAAGAAUAGCAAGAUCCUUGAUGGCGAUAUAAAGACUCAUGCAGAAAUGAUUCAGGCCGCUUUCCAAGCUCAAAGGGCAUUUCUUUGGUUGACCUCACAUUAUCAAGAACCUCAGGAGAAUGAAGUUGCCAUUCUUCUAAAACCAAUAUCAGAAAAGAUUCAGGAGAUUCAGACGUUCAGAGAGAGAAAUCGUGGAAGCAAUAUGUUUAAUCAUCUGUCUGCUGUCAGCGAAAGUAUUCCAGCUCUUGGAUGGGUAACAAUUUCUGCUAAGCCAGGGCCUUAUGUAAAGGAGAUGAACGAUGCUGCUACAUUUUAUACUAAUAGGGUGUUAAAAGACUACAAGCAUAGUGAUUUGCGUCACGUUGAUUGGGUGAAAUCAUUCCUGAAUAUUUGGACAGAGCUUCAAGCAUACAUAAAAGAAUAUCACACUACUGGGCUCAUUUGGAGUAAAACUGGUCCAGUAGCAUCAGCAGCAUCAAGUUUGCCUGCUCUAGGGAACAAACAAGGCCUCCCUCCACCACCACCGCCACCUCCGCCACCUCCGCCACCAGGACCUCCUCCUGCCAUCGAUACAGAAAAUGCAAAAGAUGAUGCAACUGCAUCUCGUUCAGCCUUAUUUGCGCAAUUGAACCAGGGAGAGACAAUUACUAAAGGGCUUAAACAUGUCUCUGAUGCCCAGAAGACCCAUAAAAAUCCCAGUCUGCGUGCUCAAGGAGUACCAAUGCAAUCUCCUACCAAAACCUAUGCUGCUGAGUCUCCCAAAAUACCUCCUCAAAAGAGUUACUCUCCUGUGUUAGAACUUGAAGGCAAGAAAUGGAGAGUGGAGUACCAGGAGAACAAGAAUGACCUAUUAAUUUCAGACACUGAGCUCAAGCAAGUAGCUUAUAUUUUCAAGUGCAAUAAAUCUACAAUACAGAUAAAAGGAAAAGUUAAUUCCAUUACUAUUGACAACUGUAAAAAGUUUGGCCUUGUAUUUGACAAUGUUGUUGGUAUUGUUGAAGUAAUAAAUUCCAAGGAUAUUCAGAUACAGGUACUUGGGAAAGUGCCAACCAUUUCAGUGAACAAAACUGAAGGCUGCCAUAUAUACCUCAGUGAGGAAUCAUUAGAUUGUGAGAUUGUAAGUGCUAAGUCAUCUGAAAUGAACAUCCUGAUACCAUUGAAUGGCGACUAUAAAGAAUUUCCUGUCCCUGAACAGUUUAAGACAUCAUGGGAUGGAUCAAAAUUGGUUACUGACCCUACAGAAAUUAUGGGUUAGUUUCCAUAGGCCAUACAGAAACUGCUGACCAUGAUCUCUAAAGAAGUUCUGCCAGAAGAAGAUAGCAGCACGAAGAACAAAAAAGUAGCACUAAUUUGCACCAUGGGGGGCAUCUGGGGCAAAUGAUGAUUCAUGCAUGAUGAUAUUAACAUGCAAAUACUACAAAUUAUCUGCUUGUGUCAGAAGGUAGGAUGCAAGUAUAUUAUUGAAGCAUUUGCAUUAUGUCACUAUGCGUGUGAUUUCUUGACAUUACUGCAGUUUGGUGUUGACGCCAAUAGUUUACAUUGCAGUUAAUAGAUUUUAAAGACACUAUUCUAUGGUCUAAAAUCAGUUGCUUUACAUAUAGUAUUUUUUCCGCGCUGAAGUAAUUAUUGGAGGAUAUAUAUAUAUAUAUAAUGAAAUGCAUAAUUAUAUUUCAAGAAAACAUGACAUUCUGCCAUGAUUGCACAUGCUUGGAAAUCAUUCUGUUCAAUCUCUGUAUACUUUUUGUAAGUAACCACGACAUUUUCUAAAAUAUCUACAAUUUGCCUUUAUUUGCAGAUAAUAUACUCACAGUAUCAUAUGAAUGCAUAAAGAAGUUAAAGUUUAGCCAGUGGCUAUUUCAUACAGUAAGCCUGAUAUCAUUUGUAGUAUGUCAGUAUAUUCCUUUUUUUUAAUGAUUGGUGGACAAAAAGACCAAUAACAAUAAAUAAUAAUACGUUAAGAUAUUUUACUUCAUGGAAUUGAGAUCAUGUACUAUAGCUGGACCUCAAGAAAUCCGUAGUUUUUAAUGCUUUUAAAAGUACCAACUCUGUGGAAAAUAUUUGCUAAUGGAAAAGAAAGCCAGAUGUUUUAAUUAUAUUUCAAUUAUAUGCUUCCAUCUUCUAUUUUUAGCACUCAGGAGGCUGACAAGUGGAGCAUCUGUAAGGGCUCUAUCACCUGCAGAACUAUGGAGUAGUUCACACUGAUCAAUACUUUUUUAAAAAAUGCCCAAACUAGUGACACCAAAUGUUCCAAGUUCUCUGUUCUUGGCUAUUUAUUAUUAUGGCUGGUCACACAGUCGAUCAGUUGUUUAGAUUAGGUUUGAAAUUUUUAUACACCUCGGAGUCCUUCCCAAGGACCCUGGAUAAGCAGAUGUUGAAUGAUGUUAGAGGUAUCAUCACAGGAGAUAAGUUGUUCCAAGUAAAGCUGCCUUUUUGCAAUUGACUGAUGGUGAUUUUUGUCAAUGCUGUUGGUGUUCAAGUGGUGAUCCAGAUGUUUUGGGAUUGCACCCAAGGCACCUAUUACUAUUGGUACUAUUUUUGCUUUCUUUUGCCAGUAGUUUCACUUAUUAUUUGUAACUGCUUAAAAAGCUAUUGACCUGUUUGCUGAGUGUUUUUGAUCACUUAUAUUUCGGCUUACUUUGGAGUCCCUUUUCCAGAAACUGUUAGGCUGUUCUUUCAAAAUUUUAAGAUUGUUAUUCCAAAAUGUAAUGUUAAUCUUUCCUAUAUUUCAUGUGACUAUCUCCUGCCACUAGACUUUUCAAUGAAUAGUAGCAAAUAUAUAAUAUAACCUAACUGUGAAAGUGAGGGAUUCUGCAAUAAAUAAAUAAAUAUAAAUUCAAAUUCAGCAGCUUCUAGGUUUUUUAAAAAAAGUAUUAAAGAUUUAAUUUUGUUCAAAGUAGGUGGAGUUGUAGAUCUGUUUUUAUUUCUAUUUGUAAAAACUGCAUGCAAAUUUUUGAACUUCUCCAGAACUUCUCAACUCAAAUUGUAUUUUUAGGGAUAUAAGCUUGAUUUCUAAAAUCCACAUUGUUAAUUUUUAACACUGAUGUGACAUGUAGUAUCUGUAUGAUUUCUGUGCACAGUACUUAUGGUAACUCUGCUAUGUAUCAUUGGUUACUAAAUAGCAAAUUUUUGCAAAUAGCAAAAUAGUAAUAGGCUUACAAAACUACAGCAGGACAUAUAUUGUAACUAUUGCAACUAACACUUUUUAAUUGCAAUAUCUAUUUAGUGUUACAGUAAAUAAAAUUUUGGUAUUUGUUUAAUCAGUAUGUAUAAUGUUGUGAAUUUAGUACAUGCCACUUUCAUCUGGCAUGAAUAAAGAUAAAAUUGCAAUUUC